CUCAACGUGGAAGCAUAUGUGAUGCCUUCACGUUUAACAACAUACUUACCGUCCACAACUAUUGCCGACUCCACACUCUCCUGGUCACAUUUGAAAGGUCUCAAGCUGGCAGAUCCCACCUUUAAUCAACCAGGGAGAGUUGAUAUGCUUCUAGGUGUAGAAGUAUAUGCAGCCAUUCUGAAAAAUGAAAUUAUUCGAGGUCCUCCUGGCUCCCAUGCGCACAACAUACAAGUUUUGGAUGGAUUCUCUUUGGAAAUAAUACACAAUGACAUUGAAGAAAGGAAAAUAACAGUUAUGCACCACCACAUGGAUUUUGAUGAACUGUUACACACACUAUGGGAGUUAGACUAUGUCAUACUAAGUACAGAAGGUAAUACCAGGGAUAUAGCACUAAGAAGACUAACACAACUAGAGAGAAGAUUACAGAGAGACAUGAAGUUAAAGACAGAAUACACUAAAGUGAUGCAAGAAUAUAUGGAAUUGAAUCAUAUGGAAGAAGUACCAGAAGAAGAAUUAAGGAAACCCUCUGUCUACCUUCCUCAUCAUGCAGUUGUAAAGGAUACAAGUGAGACUACCAAAGUAAGAACUGUGUUCAAUGCCUCCUCAAUGGGAUCUAAUAAUAUUUCCAUUAAUGAUGAGUUACUAGUUGGCCCACAAUUGCAAGAAGACAUGAGAUCAUUGGUUAUGAGAUGGAGACUAAAACGGGUUUGUUUUAUAGCAGAUAUUGAGAAAAUGUAUCGGCAGAUAUUGGUUACCAAACCGGAUGCAGAUUACCAACGAAUUUUGUGGAGAAUUGAUCCAAAUCUUAAAGUCAAAGAUUACAGAUUGCUUUGGGUAACAUUUGGAACUGCUUCGGCUCCGUUCCUUGCUGUAAGAACUCUACAACAAGUUGCAGAAGAUGAAGGCAAAGGUUUCCCUGAAGCAACUAGAAUGAUUAUGGAAGACUUCUGGAUGGAUGACUUAUUAUCUGGUAACGAUACA